UCCCUCACACUCUGUCCUCCUGGAUGAUGGUCUGUGGUUCACUGGAUGGCAGCUUUGGCAGUGCUACUGAUGGUGCUCAGCCCUCCCUUCUCUUGGGCCAGGGAAACCCAAUCCCUUUUCAUGCAUCAGUUUAAGGGUGAGUGUCGUUUCUCCAACGGGUUGGAGCGGAUGCGGUUCUUUGCCAGAUACAUCUACAACACGAAGGAGGAUGUGCACUUCGACAGCGAUGUGGGGGAGUUCACGGCCCUGACGGAGCUGGGGAGGCCGGACGCCGAGUACUGGAACCAGCAAAAGGACUUCAUGGAGCAGAUGCGGGCCAAGGUGGACACGGUGUGCAGAUCCAACUACCAGGGCAUUGGUAGCUUCCUGAGGCAGCGCCGAGUGGAGCCUGCAGUGACUGUGUAUCCUGCAAAGACCCAGCCCCUGCAGCACCACAGCCUCCUGGUCUGCUCUGUGAAUGGAUUCUACCCAGGCCACAUUGAAGUCAGGUGGUUCCGGAACGGCCACGAAGAGGAGGCUGGGGUGAUCUCCACAGGCCUGAUCCAGAAUGGAGACUGGACCUUCCAGACCGUGGUGAUGCUUGAAACAGUUCCUCAGGGUGGAGAGGUCUACACCUGCCAAGUGGAGCACCCCAGCCGGACGAGCCCUCUCACAGUGGAAUGGAGAGCACAGUCUGACUCUGCUCAGAGGAAGCUGAUAAGUGGAGUUGGAGGCUUUGUUCUGGGUCUGCUCUUCCUUGGUGUGGGGCUGUUCAUCCAUUUCAGGAGUAAGAAAGGACACCCUGCACUUCAGCCUAUAGGACCCCUGAGCUGAAGUGAAGAUGGUAACACUCAAAGAAGAACCUUCUGUCCCAGCUUCUUCACGGCCUGAAAGGGUCUCCUGCUUGGCUCCUAUUCCUCCACAGCAAGAGUGCUUUCAGGAUCUCGUUUGCUCCUGGUUGAGUGACCCUGCAGAAAAUCUCCUUCUUGUUGGUUUCCUUGGCUCCCACAUUUGACCUAGAUGUUCUCAGUAUUGAUCACCGUACCUUAUCUUCAUUCUUUCCUGGUCCCCUUUGUUUUCAACCUUUAGUGCCUCCUGUGCCUUGGAUCUCAUCUUCUGUCCAUAUUAUAACUUUUUAUCGCAAACAAAUAUGGACUGGCAAUCAUCUGCUUUAUACAGUUUCAAGGAAAGAAGUAGAAAGAAAACAGAAGUGGCAGGUAGCAUCACAAAACAAUGAUGGUUAUUAUUUCUCAUAUAUUCCUAAAUUUGGUCAUUUGUGGAUCUGGAGGUUUCCUUGCUCCCUUCCCUGUUUUUCCCUUGAGUUUUCUGCAUUCUGUCCUCAGGUAUGUUUUCCUGAGCUAGAAGAAAGGCCUUAAUUCCCUCCAUGGUAGUGGUUUCCUACAUCUUUGCAACCUCAAAGAUAAACACACUGUAUAGUAAUCUGCUAUUAUUUAAAAGUUACAAAAUGUAUAUUGCUGGGUUUUUUUCUCCUUUGCCAUGAUUUUUUAAACAAAGUAUCUAAUCCUGGGUUAGUUCACUCCUGAACUCCUCUUUAAUUAGACUAAUAGUGGGCUUCAAUAUUUAAAUCUUUUUCUCUCUCAGAUAAACAUCAGUGACGUGCAUGCUUUGGCUGGGGUGUAUUCCUCCCUGUAAGUAGGUUUCAGAAGGCCACUAAGACAAAGCCACAACUCUAGUGGAAAAGAUGCAUUUCUGAGUCCCCCUAGAGUGUGUGAUAAACUAUUGUCUGUUACAAGAAAAUCCAGUAUGGAUCUCAUCUUAGAAAUCAGAGACAAUUCUGAAAAACAGAGGAAAAUUUAUGAAUACAGGGAUGUUCAUCCAAACAAAAAAAAAUAUCCUACAACUGGAAGAAAAAUGAGGCUCUCUACUUUAGAAUAAUCUCCAAAAUGUACUUUCAGUAGGUUUAGGAGAUUUGUACAGUAUAUAACAUUUCAAAAACUAAGAUAGAGGAAGAGAAUAUCUAUCUAUCAUCUACUUAUAUUUGUAAAUAGAAACAAUGGCAGAACUUAAAAAAAAUUGUUAUCUUUUGGGCAAAUGAGAGAAUAGAUUAAAGGGGACAAAUAUGAAAGUCAGACUUCAUUGAAUUUAUUUCAUUUAAUAGUUUCAACUAGAGGAACAUUCAAAUAUUCUAUGUAAUAAAAAUAACUUUAAAAGAUUAACAAAGUGAUGCUUAAAAACUAAAAGCAAACUGGAAUGAUUCAAACAAAUUUGACCAAAAGUAUAUGAUAGAUAACAAGCUGGAAAAGUAAAUCAAAUUUUUUUGACCCUUGCAUUAAAGAUUGUUGAACUAUAAUUGUAAGUAAGAAUAUAGUUUUAAGUUCCAAAGACUUUAAUAAUAGAAAAGAGUUGGAUAGGCUCAGAAACCAUGGUGGUUCUUCUAGCUCAAGAAACCACCAUGAUAGAAGGAAUUAAGGCCUUCCUCCUAGCUCAGGCUUAGGCAAUUAAAUUGCUUACGAAGACGGUGGGUUCUGCUGUUGUAUUCCAUCUGAAGUCAAUGUGCAUGCUCACUCGUAUCCAACUCUUUGUGACCCCAUGGACUGUAGCCUGCCAGGCUCCUCUGUCCAUGUUUUCCAGGCAAGAAUA